AUGAAGCUAGAGCACCUGUCCGUGACUCCCAAGGCCAUCACCAGAGACGACAAUUCGCACAUUGACCAGCUGCUGGUGGCUGGACCUGGGCAUGAAGCCGUUGAGGCUUUGCAGUCCGUCAAGCACCGCGUCGACAGAGACACGGCCGUGUGCCUGAUGACGAACGGAUUGGGCGUCCUUGAAGAGGUGCGGGCGCGGCUUUUCCAGGAGACCGAGUCGAGUCCGAGCUUCGUCCUUGGCCACAUGAGCCACCGACUGGCGCUUGACCGACGCACCAACUCCGUCAGAGAGCUGCGGUACGGCAUGACGCAGCUGACGUUUGCGGACUCUGGCACCCGUCUGGGCAAAGACGUGGAGAAGACGGAGUCUCGCACCGACUUUGUCCGGACCAUUGAGGGCGUCAAGGACCUCAACUCGUCGCUCACUCCCUUUGACAAGUGGCUGCGCUUCAAGCUUCCGUCAGUCAUACUGGACUCCGUCGUGGAGCCCGUCUGCGUGCUGAUGGAGAUUCCGUACGCCGGCCUGCAGCGGAAUCCGGCUGCGCGGCGGAUGAUGCAGCGCCUGCUGGCCGAGAUCGUCUCAGUUGUGGACAACAUGCCGGAGGUCGAGGGUUCGGCCACAAUCCGGGACUUUAUACGGGGCAACCGGAUUCAGCAGUACAUCUACAGCCGCAUCAUGGCCAGACGAAGCGCCUCGAGCGAUCUGGCGCGGCAGAUCCAAAACGGCCUGCCAACGGACAUUGACUACCUCAACGGCUUCUUCAUCCGGCGCGGCCACCAGCUGGGUAUCCAGACCCCGACCAACCUCAUGAUCAGGGAUAUGAUCAAGGCCAAGCACUCGCUGGCCAUCGAGCGGCUCAACUCUAAGAUCCGCAAAGCUCGUCUCGAGCAGCUCAAGGCGCAGGGAGGCGGCGCUCCCCGAGGCAACGGCGGUCCCUCCGGCCAAGACGGAGAGAGACAGAGACAACAAGCAGACGAAGCCCGGCAGCAGAUCCUCAACCAGAUCCUCCACCCAGAGGCCGCGGACCGUCUCGGCCGCAUCCGCCUCGUCAAGGAGCAGCGCGCGACCGACAUCGAGAACCGGCUCAUCACGCUCGCCCAGACGGGCCAGCUGCGGCAGAAGGUGACCGAGGCCCAGCUCAAGGACCUGCUGACGGCCGUGGCGGACAACCAGGAGCAGGAGAAGAUUGUCGUGAGCAGGCGCAAGGGCUGGGACGAUGACGAUGACGACUUGUUGGACUUGUGAGCGGGCAUCAUGGGCGUCGUCUUUCUCUUGUUCUUGUUCUUCGUUUUCUCCUUUUUUUUUUCAGAGCCUCUUGAACUACGAUUACCCUAUUCAGAUUCUUUAAUGUUUGGUCGGUUUCUCGUCACUUUUGAAAACAAAGGCAUGGGCAAAAGCUGAGAUGGUAUCUUUUUUUCU